UCCAGAAGGCUAGAAAACCAUGGCUAGGGGUCGGCGCUGAGGCUGCGCGAGGUGGGCUGAGCAGGAGCGGGAGCCGGAGCCGGAGCCGGAGCCGGAGCCGGAGCGGGAGCCCGGGCCGGGCAGGGCCAACCGCUACCAUGUCCACACAGAGGCUUCGGAAUGAAGACUAUCAUGACUACAGUUCCACAGACGUGAGCCCUGAGGAGAGCCCAUCUGAAGGCCUUGGGAACUUCUCCCCGGGCUCCUACCAGCGCUUAGGAGAGAACAGUAGCAUGACAUGGUUCCAGACCCUGAUCCACCUGCUGAAAGGCAACAUUGGCACCGGACUGCUGGGGCUGCCUCUGGCAGUGAAGAACGCAGGCCUCCUGUUGGGUCCUCUCAGCCUGCUGGUGAUUGGCAUCGUGGCCGUGCACUGCAUGGGUAUCCUGGUGAAGUGUGCUCAUCACUUAUGUCGUAGACUGAACAAACCCUUUUUGGACUAUGGGGACACGGUGAUGUACGGACUAGAAUGCAGCCCCAGCACCUGGGUCCGGAGCCACUCCCACUGGGGAAGGCGCAUCGUGGACUUCUUCCUCAUCGUCACUCAGCUGGGAUUCUGCUGCGUCUACUUUGUGUUUCUGGCGGACAACUUUAAACAGGUGAUAGAAGCAGCCAACGGGACCACCACCAACUGCAACAACAAUGUGACCGUGAUCCCGACGCCCACCAUGGACUCUCGGCUCUACAUGCUCUCCUUCCUGCCCUUCCUGGUGCUGCUGUCUUUCAUCAGGAACCUGCGUGUCUUGUCCAUCUUCUCCCUGCUGGCCAACAUCAGCAUGUUCGUCAGCCUGAUCAUGAUAUACCAGUUCAUUGUCCAGAGGAUCCCAGACCCCAGCCACCUCCCCUUGGUGGCUCCUUGGAAGACCUACCCUCUGUUCUUUGGCACGGCGAUUUUUGCUUUUGAAGGCAUUGGAGUGGUUUUACCCCUUGAGAACAAAAUGAAGGACUCACAGAAAUUUCCAUUGAUCCUGUAUUUGGGGAUGGCAAUCAUCACUGUACUCUACAUCAGCCUGGGGAGCCUGGGGUACCUGCAAUUUGGAGCAAAUAUCAAGGGCAGCAUCACCCUCAACCUGCCCAACUGCUGGUUGUACCAGUCGGUGAAGCUGCUGUACUCCAUAGGCAUCUUCUUCACCUAUGCUCUCCAGUUCUAUGUCGCGGCUGAGAUCAUCAUCCCGGCCAUUGUGUCCCGGGUGCCUGAGCAUUUCGAGCUGAUGGUGGACCUUUGUGUGCGCACCGCCAUGGUCUGUGUGACAUGUGUUCUGGCCAUCCUCAUCCCCCGCCUGGACCUGGUCAUCUCCCUAGUGGGCUCUGUGAGCAGCAGUGCCCUGGCCCUCAUCAUCCCGCCCCUGCUGGAGGUGGCCACCUACUAUGGAGAGGGCAUUAGCCCCCUGACCAUCACCAAGGACGCCCUCAUCAGCAUCCUGGGGUUCGUGGGGUUCGUGGUGGGGACCUACGAGUCUCUGUGUGAGCUGAUCCAGCCAAGCCAUAGCGACUCCUCUGCCAAUUCCACCAGUGCCUUCAUAUAAGGAUCUGGGUGUGCUCCCUCCACCUGCCCAGCCCCACCCUGUGUGUCUCCCAGUAGUGUCCCCACAUCCUCAGGUAUAGUUCAGCCUCUGGAAAAAGGCAGGGUUGCUGCCUGGGCAUUCCUCUAUCUGGCACUGGACACUUGGGUAACCUGGGCUAGAUGAGACUGAGACUGGGGCGAGGCCGGGGAGCAGCCCCUCCACUUGUGAUGGUGCCGUCGCUGCUCUCCUUCAUCACACCUCCUCCCUCGGCACUGCCACCUCCCGCCUCCCUUCCCCCCACCGUCUGACCUGCCAUGCCUAAAUUAUUCCCAUUGCACAGCUCACUUUAUUUAAAAGGUAGUCUCCAGCUCCUGAUGUCUCCUCCCUUCCUGGGUCAGGUCUAGAUUAAAUAAGUGGGGACUCUCAUGUUUUACAAAACCAGGCCUCUUUCUCAUCAGGCUCCCAGAUGCUGUACCUCACUAUUCCACCCAGCUGAGUCCUCACCCCCAAUAGUUUACAGCCAGACCUGAAUGCUGAAGGUUUCCAUCUGCUGUCUGACUUGGGGAACCCUCCCACAGGCUAGGUCACCCCUUUUCUCAUUUCCUCUGUGUAGGUCACAGCACUGCCCCUUGACUCCUUUGGCUCUUACAGACGAUGCCAUGCUGCCCGGACUGGAGGUAGUUAUAGUGUAUUUAAGCUUAGGGUUCGGGCUCUGACUUCAGACCUGGCAUCACAGCGGAUCCCUUCUUCAGCAACUCGCACUUGCCUUCUCCUGCUCCAGGGGACCGUGGAUAUGCCCUCCGGCCUCUUAGCCGAGAGGCCAUUUUGUUGUUUGUUUGUCUGUUUUGUUUUGUUUUGUUUCAAGACAGGGUCUUAUGUCACCAAAGUUGGC